UCUCAGGAGAUAUUAUAAAGAUAUGCAUGCGUGAUAAAACAUUCCAAAGAGAUGAAGAGAAGCGAUUAAAUAUCCUAUUGUUUAACGAGACAGGAACAAGAAUCUCUAAGGUAUUAUCGGCAAGAUAAUCGUUCAGUUCAAGGUUAUUCGCAAAUGGAACAACCAUUAAGGACUUCAUCGUGCUGUCGUGGAUGUCCUCCAGACAAGCAUCUCUCUUUUUUUCUCUCCCUUACACAAAGAUCGAUUUUCCCCAUAUGAGAAACGCAGAAACGUGCCACUUUCCUGUGCGUGAAUAACAAAGCGUGUUGACAUUACUUUGAGAAAUAUACCGAAGGAAAUUUUACGUAAAACAAGAAACAUCUGGAGAGAGAGAGGGAGAUACUCAUUUCAAGAAUACAUCAGUUUGAAGAAUCGAAUUAUAUCCUCAAAAAUUCUCGGCAACGAUAUAAAUGAAAUGUUAACGAUAAUAAGGGAAAACGCAGGAAUCUGAAAUCGAUAGCGACUUUUUUUAUACAUAAAGAUCAUCAAGCGGUCGCUCGACGUUAAUGAAGUUAAUACGUGGUAAUUGCUCUAAGUGCAUCGGGCGGAUCGAACGUGUUUAGCGAAAGAACAGGGAGGGUCCGUAAACAUAUAAAGAGGCCUCUUUGCAAGUUACACAGUUUUCGACCUAUCGACGAACGGCUAAUCGCGCGCCAGCUUAAAUCAACGUAGGUCAUCCCCAGUCAAAAAAGUGAGACAACCCUUCCGUAGAAUUCAGUAGAAUUGGAGAUUCAGAGGAUUGUGAGUCACGUGUCUGAUGAGUCGUACAUGGAUCUAUAGCGGUAUUAUUCAGAACCGCCAACGCGUUAAACGGAAUUAAUUAAGUCGCGUCGCUCUAAUUCGAUUCGAAUAUUAGUGUUUCAAUUUUCAUCGUUAAUCAUCCAGUAAAAACUAUUAUUUUAUUAUUAUUGUUAUUAAAAAAAAUAUCCUCCGUUUUUCGAGAAAUAUAAAUUCUCAAAGUUCAAGGCCCGCGUAUAUUUUGUAACGAAUUGAUACGAUGAUCGAUGCGUGUUUGUGCUCGUAGAAGAGAACGGCAACGAAAUCGUUUAAUCGAUAGAAGAAUCGUGGCAUACGCAUUUUUCUGUCCCGACCGACCUCGCAAACUUUCGCUCUUCAAACGGAUAGAUAGCAUCGGGGAAGUAAACAGAGAGAGAGAAGGAGAAAGAGAUCCGUAACGAAAUAUUUUGCUCGCUGAAUUUCCAGCAAACAAUAUUUUGUCGCGAAAGGAAAAAAAAUGGAGUCGCUGCGAACAAUCGAUUCUUAGUACAGUCCACUGAUCUCUUGGCUUGUUGUUCUCUUCGGGCGAGACGGCGAUUAAACUUUUACAAAGCUACUAUAGCCGCACGCGCUACGACAGUAAUGAAAUGUCGACAUCAAGUCGCCUGGCUUUUUAUAUCAUGUACUUGCAGAGAGAGAGAAGGCGAAAUAUAACGUACGCGACAUUCGACUUUACGGGAAGACUGUCAAAUUCGGAGGGAACUAAUUUUCGCGCGUUCUAACACGAUCGAUGAGAGGUCGAACGUCAAAAUUUCGACGGAUGGAAUAAUCGACAAGUUUGCGUCGACAUCAUCGUCAUCAUCAUCAUCAUCAUCAUCAGAUACGCUCGCCUGUUACGUUUCUGUGAGUCGGAAGGAUUAAAAUUUGCGCUAAUUGGAAAAAUCCAACGGGGAAAAUUUUGCAAAACGACACAGGUGCACAUAAAUCUAAAUCGCAAAGUGUCACGCGAUGGGCCGGAAACAGAAGCGUCGCCUGAUACCGGAACAGGAUCGCAGGAUUUGCGGUAGCAUAUGCUUCUUCCAACUUACUUUCGUCAUCAGUUGCGUGGCCUUGGUCUACCUCAGCGUGGCGAUCUACGCCCCGUCGUACAGAGCCUUUCACAUCGGUAUCGAGCCGGAACCGGUGAUGUGCCAAACUGUUAAUGCCACGAUGGUGAACAAUUGUGCCUGGGCGAGCUGCGGCGAAUGGUGCUUGACGAAAACCAGCGGCUUUUGUGCUCAGCUGCACGCGACUGUGAGACGUAACGGCACCGACGUGAUUUUCGAAAACUGCACCAAGUUUAACACAAUCGCAUGCCCCGAGGCAAACAUGGGGAGCAUGAAGAAGUACAACUGCAACAACGGCAGCGAGUGCAGCAUGUUGACGGGCGUGUUCAACUGCAGUCUCGGGCAUUGUUCGAACAUGAGCGAGCUGAUGCUCUGCCACGUUAAGGCCGACGGUGUCGUCAUCGACAGCGAGAAGGACAACAUGAAGCUGAACGGCUUCUUCAGCUGUCAGAAUUCAAGAUGCACGAAGAUCAAAAACACCUUCAACUGCGACCGAUACUGCCCGAACAUCUCCACCAGCGACAUCAACGUUUAUCUGAUGCAGGACAACAGCGUCAUCUCCGCGAGAUGCUCCCGCGGGAUGGCCUUGAACAGGGCAAACGGUAGUCUGCCUGGUACCAGAUUAGACAAGCCCGUUAAGAUCUGGGACGAGCAGAACGGAAGCAUCAUCGCCAGCUGUUUCGCGGUGACGCAGGGUGAACAGGUCAUCAGAACGGAGGAUUGCGUGAACGGCACUUUGCUGAACGAGAUCAAGGUCCCCCAACCGUCCAUUAACUUCACGAGCUUCUUAAAAAUCUACGAGAAAAGCUUGCGGUAUCCGGCAGAUCCCACGAACGCCUAUGUCCCGGCGCAAAAGUCUCUGACGAUUUAUAAUAGCUCGCGAUUAUAUAUCAACCUCGAGCGAUGUGUCAACACCCUGAGAGGCGAGUGCAGGCAAUUUCUGCUCACUCACGGACGGGAUGGCGAUAAUCAGACCGCGCAGAGCAGAUAUCCUUGCUAUUACAACAAGAACGACUCGUUCUUCGUGGUGGCGCGUUUCGAUCUGAAAAAGACGCGAAUGGAGCUGCUGAUCGCCAUAAUCGUGCCGGCUGGACUCUUCGUCAUCAGCGUGAUCACCCUGAUUAUCAUUUCGCGAUCGGUCAAGGUGGGGGACGACGCGAAGAUGCGAUGCAGAUAUUGCGUCGACAAGCAGGAGGUCGAGGGCGAGGAUCAAGGACUCAUGGAGGCUACUACCUCAUCCGCCACUCAAAGCCAGACUAAUGAAAAUGAAAUCAGAAGUAUGACCCUUUAGCAGUAUGCGCCCCUUAGUAUGGGCGCUAUCCUGGGCUAUGAAAGGCUGCCACUAAUCGACAUGGAUGAGGCUGAGGAUUCCUUUUAGAAGAGAAACGAACGAAACCCGGCUUUUAAAGGUUCGUCAUGUUGAAUAAAUUUAUUUCUUUAUCGAGAGAAAGAGAGGAACUUUGAAAAUAAAAUCUCCGAGUGCGAGGUGAAUUGAGUUCUCAGACGGACAUUAGCGUCGUCUUCCGCAAUGAGGUGUAAUUAACUUUUCUAUAGUUACAAUUAUUGAUGAUAUGUAUACGCGAUGGUACGAAUAAUAUGUGAUUGCGACGUCAUGUUCGAGAAAUGGAGUUUCAAGUUCAAGUGAUUUCUCUGCCAAUGAAAUUCAUCGAAAGUAACCCAUUCUUGGGCGUCCAACUUAAUUAUUGAACUUCUUAGGGUUAUGCAAUACAUCGAUCAAAUAAAUAAAUAAAUAUAUAUAUACAUUCACUGUUGCCUUCAAUGUAUCACUAACUUUGCUUGCGCGCAGGACAAAGUGAUUGAAACUGAUUGAUAUUAAUCGCCGAUACAUUAAUAUUAAGAUUGAGCCUCCGAAUACGUCAAGGGAACACUAAGGGAAUAAAACAAGUAUAUAAUAGAAAAUUGUAUAAUUGUUUAAUGUCGCCACAUGUUUCAAUAAAUGACACGUCAAUGAUAAGGAUCAGGUGGCGUUCAACAAUUGCUCCCCUGCGAUAUAUACCGCAUGAAUAAACUGUGAAAGAUCAAUAAUUUCUUAAUCAACGAAAAGACAAAAUAAUAAUAAAUAAAUAAAUAAAUGAACGCCGAAAAAAAGAUAUAUAUAUUUAUUAUUAGCAUUACAUGAAACGAUAUCUUUCUUAUGCGAUAAUCGCGAUUUCGGUGUAAAACCAUAACACAUAAAAUCAACAAGCUUCUUUAAUGUACAAAAUAGAUUUAGGCUAACGAUGACGCUCAUUUAAUUCGCCUAUCAACGAACAUGCGCAUUUGUAUCUUUUCUACAACCAUUUAUGCUACUGCAGUUAAUCGUAGAGAAAUGUAAUUAGACAUUUCUGAUAUCGCUGAAAUCCAUAAUCACAUUUCAUGUAACUCCCUGUCUCUGAAUAUAUCCAAUAAUACCGAUACGUGAACAUUCCCGAAUACAACGACUGCCUAAAUUAAUUGUACAGUACAUUGUAUACCACAUAUUAUGCGUAAAUGUCUGUAUUUUGCGAUGUAAAUAUGUACAUGUGCUUUUAGAAACUGAAACAUUUAUAUAUUCGCUCUAAUCGAUAUUGCUUGAGUUCUCGUGCUAGUUUCACAUUAACGUGUGUUUAAAGUCAAUCAAAAAUGACUCGUCGUAUAAUGGACGUUCAAAGUAAUUAAAAUUAACAGAGUGAAUACGCAUAUGAAGGUGCGUUAAUUAAAAAUAUCAACUUUAAUAAUAACUGUUUGAAAAACUUUUUGCUUUUAAGUUGAUCGCUGCGAUUCACAUUUUUAUUCCUAACAAAGAAGAUAUUAUAUUACUUUUAAU